GUCCCGCUGCAGCACGGCGGUGUGUGUGCUGCGCGCGUAGCACGUGUUGCUGUGUUUGAUCGAAAACUCGACUCGUAGGGAACUCUUUGCUCAGCUUCGAUUACGCGUGAUCGACCCGAUGGCGAAGAAAAAUCCGUGUCUCUCCGUCGAACUGUAAGGCCGCGUGCAUCGUAUCGUCUCUGGAGAAGCGUGGUAACGAGCCAGCGAGCGUGGCUGUAUUUGUGUGUGUACGUCUUGUGCUGCUUGAUCGUGGUGUUUCAGCUCGUCACCCUAGUGUCACAGAAGCGGUGGCCACCAUUUUUCUUUUUUUGCUUGAAAAAAAGUGUGACGGUUCUCCGAAAGUUGGCGACGAGGGGCGCUCGCGGUUUGCUGCUCGUCUCUGCCGGCACCGUGUAGUAACGUCGGCCAAGCCUUCCACAGCAGAAGCAGCCGUCAAGUGGUCGCCAAUUGGGAGCGGCAGCCGAGUGAUUGGUGGUGAUGGAUCGCGUUCACGAGCCGUCAGCCAAGCGGAAGCCCAAAUCUACUCGCUAGAUCGUCGUCUCAUCUCGAUGCUGUGAUUUUCCGGUCCGGUCGCGAUGCUUCGCUACUUUCAUCGAGCGCUGGUCACCUGCAUGGUGUUCCUGUGCUUGUCUCUUCUCGGAAUCGUGUUCGUCACCACCAGAUCGCGUUUGCAGAUGUACGCACCUGAGGCGCUGCUCGCCGCUAACGCCUCCGAGUCGUGCGUGCCGCGCAAGAACAUCGUCUUCCUGAAGACCCACAAGUGCGCCAGCUCGACGGUGAUGAACAUCUUCCUGCGGUAUGGCACCGAGCACGGACUGAACUUCGUGCUGCCCAAGUCUCGCUUCACGCACUACAUCGGCCACCCGGAGUUUUUCAGCCGCCGACUGGUGGCCGACAUCAGCCCGUACAACAUGACGUACAACAUCCUCACGCACCACACGCGCUACAACGACCAGGAGGUGCACGCCCUCAUGCCGCCGGACAGCCUCUACGUCACCAUCAUGCGAAGGCCAGACUCCCUCUUCGAGUCCCUGUACUCGUACUGCAAUCUCGGCAGGACAUUCAAGAGGAACCUGACGAUGUUCGCGCGGGACCGCAACUUGACGGGCUACCUGUCCCGACACCGCGUGAUCGAGAAACGCAUCGGGCUGAACCAGAUGUCUUUCGACCUGGGCUUCAAAGGGCCCUUUGACUCCGAGCAGGCGGUCGCCAAGUUCGUGAAGAAGAUCGCAUCGGUAUUCCACUUGGUCAUGCUCGCCGACAGGUUGGACGAGUCCCUAAUCCUCCUCAAGCACCUGCUCUGCUGGAACAUCACGGACGUGGCGGCGCUGAAGGUCAACGCGAGGUACAGUGCCUUCAAGGAACACCUUUCGAACGAGACGAAGGAACAGCUGCUCCGGCUCAACUCCGCCGACUGGCAGCUGUACCAGUACUUCGCCAAGGUGUUCGACGAGAAGGUCAAGGCCUUCGGCGUCGACCGAAUGGCCGCCGAGGUCAAGGAACUACGAGCCAAGCAGAAGGAAUACUACGACCGCUGCGUGAUGGCCGAAGGGUCGACCGAGAAGCUCUCCCCGUACUACAAGCGCAAGGACGUCGUCGCCUUCAAGUCCAAGGACAAGAGCAAGCUCUGUCGCAGCCUCACCCUGACCGAACUCGAGUUUCACGAGGAGGUAAAGAAGAUCCAGGAGGCGAGGAUCCGGCAAUACCUCGCGAGCCACAAGCGGCCUCAGUCGUCGUCGGCGCCGUCGUUCAAGCGCGUCGCUAAGGACGUCGCGUCUCGCGCCCCGCCGUCUCAGCCGAAGGCGCCCAAUGGAAGGUGACUUCCGUGAAGACGUCUAUUUAUAAAGUGCCUGCGGGGCUAACCCGCGGCUCAAGAACUUCUAAGUGGAAGCGCCGAACCAUUCGGACACGUUGGACUUUGACGGUCUUAUGGUUCCUGAGAUGGCGUGCCGUGGCAGCCAGUGGUGUUCCAGUUUUCGACUCCGCUCCAGCUGCAAGAUAGUCGACCGCAGAACCGCGUUACUUGUGUGGUGCCUCGUUGGAACACGCCAGUGGAGGACGAAUUAUUCUCUAUUCAUGAGCAAGUGUUUUAUGUGUCAGUGUGCGUUCUCCGUGUGUUCGCAGCUAGCAGAGUCGGUACAGUAGACGUUGAACGCAAUGCAAGAUUGGUGUUCCAUUGACUCAUGGAUACCUGCGAACGAAAGGUGUGUGUGCCUUGUGGUGGACUGGAGUGCUAGAAGACGUUCUUAUUUUGUGCUUGUGGCUUCGGUCUGCAUAUUCGUCUACACUGUACAUGUGAACAUUUCUGUUAAAUGCUGCGGCAAGUGGUUCUGUGGGAAGAUUUCCGAAGUCGGUGAGACUUCUGCGACGUACGUUCGCCCGCAAGACACGCGGUACGGCUUCCGCGAACCUCGCCUCCAGCCAAAGCUCGUCGUUGCCUGGUUUGUCGCCACCAUCAGUGAGAACAGUCGAUGCCUUUUACUGAUCGUCUCUGGACCGACUCGAUCGUCGUGCAGUGUUCCGCGCUGGCUGCGGAACAUUUGCAUGUGGGGCCUUGAAGACGAUAGUGAUGCUGAUAUAUAUAGAGCGAAUGGUUCGCACCUACAACGCUUCUGGUCCGAAGAGUUACUAAGUGCGCACGCUCUUCUUGUGAUAAUCGAUGUGAUAACAGGCCCUUAUAGGCAUUAUCGAAACAGUCAAAUAUCGUACGGACAAUGUGCGACAUAUUCUACUCGCUAGUUCAUAUUUUUUAGCCGUAACUAUCACUAUAUCGUUCUUUAUUACUGCGAAUGUUUGUCCUAUAGAUUCCUAUACGCUCACGCGUGCCUAUUAGCUGUGUUAUUUUUUUUUUUUCGAGGUAUGUCCAGACGCUUCCUGUCAUGCUUUCUUCGUAGGUGUACUUAUUGAUUUUUGAGAGCAGCGCUGAAAUCGUAUGGAAUGGACGUCACGUGACGUCAUCUCCUGGCAAAGCGCGCACAUAGCGGGAAAGGUGAUCGUACCAAGCUUCGCCGUCACCGAUAGACAGUUUUUAUACAAGCAUAGGCUGUAGAUUGGCCCUUCCGGAUGACGUCAUGUGACGUGAUGUCGUGCCAUGCCGUUACGUAGUCAUGCCGGACACAACCGCUUGCUCCUCUAUGAUGUGAUGUAUGCCGUGUGUUUUAAAGCCCAAAGUGGAUGCAACCUUCCUGGUAUGUUGUGUGGUUUCGUAACGAGACUCUCUUCGUAGACAGGUAUGUGCAAUCGCUGCUGAACAGCAGUAGAGGAGGAGACUAGCGACGGUGCGGGAGAUAACUCAACGCGUCACGUGAUGGGUCACGAGGUUACCUAAAGUGCUAGCAUCUAUAGGUAAUUCGGUUCAUGGAAUGAGAAGCUAUAGCGGGCCUUACCCUCUGCUCAUCUCUUUUUAUUGAGGUAAUACGGCAUACAGUUACCGUUACCGAAUAAUCGGUUUCCUUUUAAAUCUUUAACUGGUCAUUAAGACUGUACAAUAACACAGCACUGUGUUCUUGCCCACUCUUUCUUGUGUUAUUUGCGUUGCAGCCUUAAUCAUGUUGAACCAACUAGCCCAAUCUUCAACCCUACUAUUUAACUGGUGAUUUGAUCGUAAGGCCAGCUUUAGAAAUUCGAGAAGUCGAUUUAACCUUGCAGUGAAAUAUGCUAAUAAGUAUGGACAGUGGCGCGGAGUGCCUGUUGUAGUGCUUAUUUCGUGGUCGAUAGGGCGCUGCAGGCAGUGCAAUUUCACCAGUGCGCUCGCCGAACACUUAGGCUCCCUCAAAUCUGAAGGUCGUGACCAUGGCAUGUUAUUCAAAUCCUAAAACUGUAGCGCGCUUACAUUGGAAACUCGACCGUUGCCACGUGUCCCACUAAGGCUUCCUAGAUGAAAGGCGUAUAGCAGCGAAUGACAACCGUCUCAAUAUAAAUGCGAGGAACAAACGCGUCAUAUACGAAACGUCACGUGCGAGAUAUGAUUCCAGGUCUGCGAGCUUGGAGCCAUUGGACAGGUUAACAGUGUGAGCGCACCUUAGAAGGACGCGAGGAAAUGACGACUAACGCCUACUGCCUUCUUUAUUUUUUUUUUUUUUUUGUAGACAGCCAAGCACUUUGUCGUGUAUAAGCAUCGGAUCACUACAAUGACGUCACGUCUGUCAGCUCGUUUGGCCUGUUUACCUGAGAGACAUCGCUGACACGUUGGUCGAUACUCACAGGAGUACGGCGUUGAGUCGGUUGCACUGCCGCCUGCGCUGUGAGCGGUGUGUAAUAGUACAAGCGAUUGUGUUAUUUCUGAUAUGCUUUAAAUUCUACUUUUUUUUUUCAUUUUUGGGUGUGUGCGCGAUGAGUGUUAGUGACUCGCAACUGCCAAGUACGUAUUCGACAAAGUGAGGUUAGUCCGUAUACACAGUCUGAAGGUCUUACCAUAUCCCGUGAACGCCCAUAGUUUCUCCGCUACGGUGUCCAUUUUAGCGGAGGUGCAAUAAAAACGAUAAGCUUUUCGCGUAGGCAAUGAGAGGUACAGAACGUACCAUGGGCGUCUUUACCUUAUCGUUCAAGUUAUAUAGUUGUCACUGCGGACCCUACUGACGCACCUAGGUGUUAGGCGGCGGCACUUACACCCCACUAAAAUUUUUCACUCCACUUAAAGCGUAAUUUCGUGAACGUUGCAAUAAUUGUCGUUAUUAUCACACGGAAUUCCAGUCAAGAAAGUGGGAGGAGCACAUCGUUACAUUUUAAUAAAAAGUCGUGCAUGAUUUGAUGGCGCUUGUUACGAAAUUACACGUUACGAUUUAUUCCGUAUUUACCGGCAGAGAACAAAGCCAGUGCUUGCAGUUUCUUUUGUUGUUGUUGUUCUUGUUGCGAGAGUAACCCAUCCGCGUUAGGCUCCCUUUUAUGUCGGGGUGGGGAGGGGAGUACGAGAACUCCGUUUCAGGGGAGUUAUCUGUGCUCCGAAUCGGGCGGAGUAAACAAAGGGGUGUAAGGCUUUUCCUUAAUGGAGUGCGAUACUCCCACGGGAGUACCCAUCACACCUUUUUGGUGGCUAGCUUGCAUCAUUAGCUACACUGCAUCGUUUAUUUCGCUCUACUCCGUUCACGUAGUUAUCACGGCUCAAUCCGGUCUGUGCAUGGUUACAUUAGCCGAUAACCACGUGAUCGUUCCACAGUUUAUUAUACUACGCGAUAUGUGGUACAAAGCCAUGGGCAUUAGUUUUUCAUCUUUCCUGCACAAUAGACCGGGGUUUUAUUGUGCUGGGCGAUAUCUGUGAAUACUAUGUACGGUGGCUGCGACACGGAUUUAUCUUAAGGAACUUGCGCUGUCGAGCACGAGCUGUGACCAAAGAGUCUGGUGCCUUAGUUUACCGUAGGAAACCUAGUCAGAUCAAGCUGUAGUGAUCAAAGCGAGCUUUACUGCGCAUCGGAACAAUCAAACUCAAGCACAAAUGCACGGAUACCGCACUUUUGAGUACACCACUCCACUAUACGCGCGUAAAAUGCAUCAGCCCUGUCGCGCUCUUCGUGAACAGUUCCUGCGUUCUUAUUAAAGCCACAUUACGCUGUUUUCGUUCAAGAAGGCGAUUUACGAUGAAGCGGAGGUUUAAAUGCAACGAAAGUAAAUCAUUCCUGUCCGUGUAGUCAUUACCUGCCAAUUCGGACUGGCUCAAGUCCUGGGCGCAUGCGCGGAGCAUAUCAUACUUCUGUUAUCUGGCUCUAUAGACUUCCCAGGUUAAAGGUACGCUGCGUAGUUGCUGAAGGGACCUUUGAUGUUUUAGUACUGUGCAUUGAUUUUUAUUUUUUUGUCUUCGUAGGAAGUGUGCAUUUAUACGUUUUAGUGUCACCGCGAUCGGCUUUUCUUACUCUGUGCGCGUAGACACAUUACGCAUGUAUAUUCCAUGUUCCACGAAUUCACCUGUAUGUUUGGUUUUAACUUCUCUUGAUGAUAGGUGUGUCUGCAUGUUCUCAGCGUUGAUGAUGAUGCGUCUUUUAUUUUGUUAUUUUUUCUUCGCAUCGCUCCACGUCGCCUUCUGCAAGCUUUCUGCAAGCUUACGAGCUUAGAGUGCCUUUGUCCGAGCGAUCUCAAACAAAAUGAAAAAGUUGAAACAAUAAAAGUCUUUUUUUUUUUUUC